GAGAUAAAUCUUUACAGCCAAACCUAAUGCUAUAGCGUUAAUGUGUAAUUAGAUGGCACGAUUAACACCUAUUUAGAGUCCAAUGUGUAAUUGUUUACUGAUUCCGCACUAUGGUUUACAUAUUUUGUGAUAUGCAUUAUAGUUAUGGAUCCUUUGCUGGAUUCUUCUAGUGGCAGGCAGGUUUUGUCUCAUGUCGUAGCUGUUUUUAAUGACGCAUACGUGCGUUUUACUCCGAUGAAACUUCUGGAAGACAGCAUUCUGGACAAUGCAUUUAGUUUAAUGGGCCGUGAUGUUCACUUUUUUACAAUAUUCGACUGGCGAGGGAUCAUGCGACGUCAUUUUUGUUUAAAGUAUGCAGGAUGCCGUAUGAGACAGAUCAGAGUGUCAUACGAUUUUGAACGUUCAUCAUUAACUGAUAUGAAGAAUGUCGAUUUUACCAAUGGACCCGAAACGGAUUCUCAUGGUGAUUUGCACAAUAGUUUUUACUUGGAAUAUAAAGGGUCAGAUACAGUGAUAUCGCAAUUUAAUCCAUCGCAUCACUCACACUGUAAUGGUAUUCGUUUAACCUUUUUGGAUCGUGCUCAUUCGCACUAUAGGAUUAUAAACGUUAAUUUAGGGCCUAAAUUGCCAUAUAAAUGUGAUGGAGACGUCGUUAAUACUGAUUGUUAUGAUACAGAUUCUAGGUAUGCUGUUCCAUCGGAUGAAUACAUUUUGCAAAUUGGACUUCAGAAAGAGCUACACAUGCUGGAGGAAAAUGGGAUACCACUUCCUGAUCUAUUGAUAUCUGUUCAACCUAGGUUGUGGCACAUACUACGACACAUAUUUUCUUCUUUCUACAUAAAGUGGAUAAACCCAAUGCUGAGUGCAUUAUCAUAUUCAGGCAGGCAUUAUCUGGAACAGCCCACAGACUUCCUUUUAGCUAUUGACAGUAUAAUCAGACGACUAAGUUCAUCAUGUUAUUAUGGAUACAGUAUUGUUCACCAAUUCGGUCCUUGCGGUGUACCUCCCUGGUUUUUAGCCGCAUCUGAACUUUAUGAGUGCUUCGGUCUAUCUUGGCAAAAUUUGAGUAAAUGUAUCGACACAUUCUUUGACUGUGAACGGCGAAAUGGUCGUUAAGAUGAUUACCUUGGGAUCAACAACAUUAGCUGUUCUCUGAUUUGUGUAGCUUGGGAUAUAGUGAGCCUUUGCAUAAGUUGUUUAUUUGUUUCUCCCUGUGGGAGUAUCAUUGAUAAACCUGAGAUUGUCUGACACAGAUAUUAU